AUGGAUUCGAUCUCACUAUUAGGUCCACCAAAUCAACCAAAAGUACUUAAUCAGGAAGAUUUCGAUAUACGAUUCAAUUUUGUUCGUCACCGAAAACGAAGAACUAAUCGCGAGGUCUUACGCAGAUUUAUCGUCGAGAAUUUCCGCGAUUAUCCUGACUUCAGCGGUCUCAUUCCCUUUCUCGCAUGGAUCAAAAGCUAUGACGUGAAAACUAAUGGGUUUCGAGAUUUUGCUGGAUCGUUGCUUAUAGCGGCGUUACUGAUUCCACAAGGACUUGCAAACGGUCUGUUGGUGUCAGACGUGUUCUCCGGAAUUUUCUCCGUCCUUCUUCCGCAUUUGAUCUAUCCGAUCUUAGGAUCAGGACGGCAUUGCUCACUAGGAACAUUUUCGUUGACAUCAUUUCUUAUUUAUACUUCGGUGAAAUAUACAGGUUCUUCUAUAUCGACAAUCACUUUUUGUUGUGGGGUUUUUCAGCUGCUUCACUUCCUUCUCCCUCUCGAAUUCCUCCUCUCUUUCGCAUCAUCAAAUCUUCUCAUCGGCUUCAACUUUUCCGGGGACGACUGUGAGGAGAUAAUCAACAAUUUGAAUCUCACAUGUCUCGAAUGCGUUGGUUCAGCCAUCUCAUGUAUGCAGUCGGUGAAUAUCAGCUCAUCAGUGAUUUUUAUCGUUCUACUCAUUAUUUUGCUAGUUUUCAAAUGGAAGCUGAAUGCAACGUUAACCGAUAGGAUUGGGACCACAAUUCCUCAUGAAUUGAUUUUGAUGUUGAUCAUUGCUGUUCUCUCCUAUUUCCUCGAGAUUCCAAAAUCGGACUUAUUGGGAAAAUCCUUGGACUCAAAAGCCUUCAUCUUCUCUCCUCCAUCGCUUUCAAGCGCUCAAAUGCUCUUAGAUUCAUUUGCAGUUUUUCUCUACUCUUUUAGUUGUCAUAUCAGAAUGGUUUGCUCUGCUGAGAAAUCGCAUAAAGUCAUCGUAAAGCAGGAGUCCCUUUGUUUCUCCUUGAUUUCUUUGAUCUCCAGUCCAUUUGGGUUACUUCCUCCGCUGAAUGCUAAGGAGAACUCGCAAAGUUGUAAUGAAACGAAAAAAUUUAGCCUGCUCAGCAAUCUCCUGUCCACAAUUUGGCUAACACCUUUGCUGUACUUUGGACAAUUAAGCGUCCUACGAUUGAUUCCUGAGAGCGCUGUUGCCGCCUUGGUCAUAGCAUCAGUCUUUGAUCUCUUUAUUGAUUUAAGGUAUUUGCGAGUCCUAUAUUCAUCACAUAUUUUCGAUGCGAUAAUAGCCACACUUGGCCUACUGUCUACGUUGUUUAUUCCAAAUUUGUGUGUGGCUUUUCUAGUUUCAGUCGCUUGUGCAUUGAUCUCCAUAGCCCUGAGGACACAGAGGCCACAAUGUGAUGUUAUAGUACGUGUGUCAGAUAACUACUUCGCGGAGGAAAAGAGAUAUGAGGGCGAGUGCCCGGACACUCCCUUACGGGUACUGCGAGUGAGUUCACCAUUGGUUUUUAUCAACUGCAACGCGGUUCGUAAGGCCAUAGAAGCACAAGCCGUGGCGGUUAAGAAACUUAUUGGUGUUGGCGCCAGUCGCAGUCCAUCCGUACGAAGUCACGCUAUUGCAUAUCGACGAGAAAGCUUAGCAGCUCGGAGUAAUACCAACUUGACGAACAUCAUUAUUACUCAAGAUACGGAUAUUUCACAAGUUCCUCCACCGGACUCUACUGUGCUGAGAUUCAUUAUUCUCGAUUGCACUGGAAUGGCGUACGUUGAUCCAGAGGCUUUAGCGAUGCUUUCCCAAAUCUACUCUGAUCUUCGAGCUGACAAUAUCAAACUGCUGUUUUCUGGAGUGAAUUCGAAUGUUCGUGAUUUUCUGGAAAUUUCAAUGUUUUAUUCGUGUAUACCACGUGGACAUUUCUUUCCGACACUUCACGAUGCGUUGAUGGCUGUUCGGAUAAUGAAUUCCCCAUUUCAUACGAGCGUGUCUAUGAACGGUUAUCGUGAUGUGAUCGCUUUGUCGACCACUCCAUCGCACCAGGAUUUACUGUACAGGCUGUCUCCGGAGCCAGUUUGA